GCCACUACCCCAGAGGAUUGAGUCGUUGCUAAUCUCUCCACGAGAGCGAAGCGAGGAUGAUGCGGUGAACCACGAAGCUGCGACACUAGCGACACACGAUGCCGCCUGUGCGUGGACAGGCUGAUCGCAACGAUGGCACAGGAGGGCGUAACGCGAGGGUCAGAAGGCCAAUAUCAUGCUUGCCUUGCAGGACUCGAAAGCUGCGGUGUGAUCGCGCAGUGCCAGCAUGCGGAAACUGUGUCAAUCGGGGGGAGAUCACAUCUUGUUGUUAUGUCGCACGCAAAAACGAAGUGCGCGCAAAGCCUCAGGAAUCUCAAGAGCUGUCUUCUACUGCGACACAAAGCCGGAUUGACCAUUUAGAGCAGCUAGUGCUCACUCUGCUGAAAACCCAACAGCGGACCCGAGAUUCACCUGAUUCAAUCUCAAGCAACGGCGAGGUCGAAGAUAGUUCUAUUUACGACAGAAUAGCCACGGAUAGUGGGAUUUUAAAGACUGGGGAGCAGAGGGUGACAGGGAGACUUGCGAAGGCCAGCAAUGCCUCCCAGGCUGCGGGAAAUCACAAGCAUAGCACGGUGGUGGACGAAGCUCACUGGACUCUCCUGCUCAACGAGAUUGGCGAAGUUCGGUCGCAUUUGUGCGCCCAGGAGAAGAAGUAUGAAGAGCAGGCAACAAAACUAGCUCAGCUCCUCCAACGAUCGACUCAUGCACCUGGCCCAACUCUUUUGUUUGGUUCCUCAACAAACGUAAGCAGGGGUGAAGUCCUCUCACACCUGCCUUCACGAUUUGCUUGUGAUAUUAUGAUCACAAGAUUCUUCGCCCACAUGUACCCUGCUAUCUACAUCCUUCAUGGACCAGCAUUUCACAGACAGUAUGAGCGCUUCUGGGAGGACAACAGCAUGACGUCUAUCGUAUGGGUUGGCCUCUUGUACGCAGUCUUGAGGAUCGCAAUGCUCGACUUUGUGCGGGAAGGCGACGAGCCUCUUGAGUUCAAAGGAAAGUGUCCGGACCUUGCCAGCACUUUCCGAAAUCGUCUCACGGAUUGUUUAAUUCUUGCGGACUAUAUGCAGCCGCAUGAAUUCCUGAUUGAAACAUUAUGUUUGCAUCUCUACGCCGAAUACGUCUGUAGUAGGGAUGCCCGCUCCGUCACCUGGGUUCUCACUGGGAUGAUCACACGGAUGGCCAUGAGGAUGGGCUACGACAUUGUGACGGUGCCUGGUUUGACCCCGUUUCAGAGUGAAAUGCGCCGUAGAGUUUGGACAUUCAUUCGCCAGGCCGAUAUCCUUAUAUCGUUCCAGGCCGGCCAACCCUCCAUGAUUGAUCUAGAGUCUUGUGAAGAAACAAUGCCUCGAAAUAUCUACGACGACGCAGCGUUCGAUGAAACCUGCAAAGAGUUGCCACCUGGGCUCCCGAAUUCGGAACCAACGGAAGUCUCCUUCCUCAUUGCAAAAGCAAGACUGGCAUUUGGAUUUGCUCGAGCUCUGAAAAAGAUCAGCCACAGAGUUGAUCUCAUUCGAUGGGAGGGUGUGUUAGAGAUCGACCGCGAGCUAAGACGGAUCUAUGAUGGUAUUCCUGAGCACUACAAGUUAGGUCAGCUUUCGAUUCGAGAUUCCCUCGUCCUGACUUCCGCCCGCUUUGUCCUGUCGAGCAUUCACCACAAGUCUCUGUGCGUAGUGCACAGUAGAUUUCUAGAGCUGUCGAAGACAGACCAUCGAUACUCAUAUUCACGGCGAGUGUGCCUUAGCUCGGCUAUGUCCUUACUACGUUACCAGGCGAUCCAAAACCAAGAGAUCCCAGUUGAUGGCGGCUUACGAAGUCUAACAAGCUAUCAAACGUCGCUUGCCAUUCACGAUUAUCUACUUGCCGCCACGAUCCUCUGUACUGAUCUGUGCUCCAGGGUAUCGAUUGGCAAUAGUAGCAAUCAGUCCGCCAUCCAAGGCAUCCCAAGUCGAAGUGAGAUGAUCAAGGCUCUGAGUGUUAGUGCGCGGAUUUUCAAGCAAAUGAGGGAUCGCAGCAUGGAGGCAUAUAAAGCUGCUGAUAUUCUCGAGAUGCUUAUUGGCAAGCUUGAGGCAGUCGAUCACAAUGUGAUACGCAAUCCCAAAGACUCACCUGGCUUGUCGCAAACAAAUCACUCUUCACUGCCAACUUCGCAUGGCUUCCUUUCUUCAUCCGCCUCUGUUGACCGCCAAAGGUCUCCCCGGCCACUCUCGAGUACCUUUGGCAGCCUUCCAAGUUCAAAUCCAAGUAACAAUGCUUCAUCUAGAUCUUCGCAGCCUGUUCCACGCAUUCCAGGACAUAUUCGCCAGAGUGCACAAAUGGAAGGGCCAUUCUUUGAAAGACCCGGACUAUUCGAACAGGCGGAACCAGAUGUUUUUCAGGCAUGGUCUGAUGCCCAGGAAAACCAUUUUGGCUCCCAAACUCCACUUUUCCCUCAGGCCUUCCCUGAAUUCGAUCCAAAUGCCCAUUGGAUGGCUACUGAGAAUAGCGACAUAGCUCCGCAAUCACUGACUGAAAGUGCAACAUCGAUAUCCUCAACUGAUCCACUGUCCUACCCUGCAGUUCUUUCCUGGACUGAUCCGGUCGCCGCUCUCUGGAAUUUGAACUCGAAUAGUUGA